UCAUCCGUGUCAGCUUAGACUACCGGCCACCGCCAGAGCGAAGGGCUGUCUGUCACUCUCUCUAUCGCACACGGUAGUUUCCCCAAGCUAAUUUUACAAGUACGUUGCAUCAGAUCGCCCUAUCCAUCACCACCACCACCACCAACGUACGUUUUCCAGCAUAAACCCCAAAAUCCAAAUUCAUGGUUCCCGCAUCCCCCAGAUUGAUUUGACGAAGAAUUUAGUUGAUUCCAUUUGAAAAUGCUCGGAGAUGGUGGAGAGAUCCCUUCCAGGUACGAAUUGUUGAGCAUGGUGAAGAAGCACUCCAACUCGUUAGGGAAAACCAUCGUGGACGAGCCGUUGGAAGCUGAUGCUACCGACGACGUCGAGUUUGAUCCGAGAUUUUGGCAUGAUGUCUUCGAUUUGUAUUUUGUUCGUGGCAAAGAGUCCAGGGGACGUCAGGACGACGAUCUCCUAUUCUUCGUUAGAAAAUUGAGUUCGCAGGGAUAUGGUUUCAAUGACAAUGCGGAAGCUGUUGCUCCUUACUUUGUACGCAGGUGGACACCCGAGUUGGACACGUUAGUUGGAAAAAGUUCUGUUGAAGUGGAUUGGAGGUGCUCAUUUUACUUGAACUUGAUUGCUCACACUUCAUUCACUGUGACAGUAGCAAUUUGCAGUCAUCAGGACCUUCGGAAUCAUCAAGCUGGGCAAGAUAAGCCCUUGCUACCUAUAUAUAAGGUUGUAAAAACUGUUUAUGCAUCUCCAACUCGUGUCAACUUUCAUUUGGAUUCCAGAAAGGAAGUGGAGACAAUACCUGCCUAUCCAGAUAUCUGUUUUGCGGUUGAUGACUUCGAUUCUACUUUUGAUGCAGUGGUCUUGACAGAAACAGACCAUUGCUAUUGUGUACUUCUCAAUGCAAAUGAUGGGGCAGCAUUUCCCAGCGAUGAUGCAAAUCAUGGGGCAACAUCUUCUAUUGAAAAGGAGCCACAAGAUUGCAGUUCCAGCAAUAAUUCAUCUUUGACAGCUGAUAAUAAUUUGACCAAAAGUACCAAGCUUACUCUCUUCUCGGGAUUUGUGAGCUAUCAAAUGGUUCGAGACGCUUAUGAUGCGGGAAAAUCUCGAUUUGGGAGCCUUCUGUCACUAGGACAUUCCCCUGGAAAAACGGACAGGCUAUACAUGAAAGGUCCUGGUGGAAGGGGAGAGGUUGAAGUUGCCGUUUCUGGUGUUGUAGAUCAAAGCCAGCAGGACUCGGGCCCCUUUUCACCGGUUGCAUCGAGGAGAGAAUUUGGAAUUGGCUCAAUUGUUCGUAAAGCAGCAUCUGUUGCAUCUGUGGCAGCAAAACAUGCCUAUGCAGCUACUGGGGCUACACCCACGAGUUUUGAUGAAGAAAUGGUGCCUCUGAAAUGCUGCUUGAUGUCCAUUUCAUUGCCCUGGGAGCACAUUGCUCAUGACCUGUUGUUUAAGGGAGCUCCUCCUGUAAACUUAUAAGGACCUAAUGUAUACCCAUUGGUAAAAUACAUGAGAAUGGAUCAUAUGGAGGUAAUACGUGGCUGGCAAGCAUUUGUUUAUUUUGAGGCAUGGAGUUAGCCCCCCGCCAGAACAUGAAGGGCGAUUACUCUGUAAUCGAAGCUGUACAUGGAAAUCUCUCUCUCUCCCUCCCUCCUUGUCCACAUCUUGCUGGGUUAAGUGUCAGUUGGCUAUUGGUAGAUCAUUUUGUUGAAAGUUAAUACAUGUAGUUUCAGCGGAGUCCAUAUUGAUAAAAGUUAGUACGUACUUGUAGUCUUGUCGCGAUGCAAGAAAUUAAAUAGUUAAGUUAUUAGUUAAGUUAAAUUUGUAUUAGCUUACAGA